AUGCAUUCUAAUCCGCUACAUCACAAGUCCUCCCUCCCUUACAAUCCGUCGGACCGCGAGCGUCUGCAGGCACUUCGCUCCGGGAGCAAGAACCUCGUCUUCGACUCCACCACGCACAGCACUUGCGAGAGCGUCGCUGCAGCUGCACCGAUCGCUAGUCCGAGCAAGCCGAGUUCCGGUGGUGACCCACUUCUCCGGCCCGAGGACGAGCUGAAUCCCUGGUACACUACUCCUCAUCUCCGCAACGGCGCAGAGUCUCGCAAGACCGAAGAUCAGCGCGUAGAAGACGCUCACAAGGAUUCCUCGCUCAAAUCUUCGCACGACCCGCUCAAGGCAAUGGCCGUCUUCCUGGCUCGACGCAAAGCUUCCAGGAACCUCUCAACGUCUCGCUCCGAUCCCAAGGCGAUUGCUUACUCUGCGACAGCGCCGUCCGAUCUCUACGAGCCAGACGCCUUGCGAGCUACGAAGCUCCAUCGAAAGCAGCCUUUGCAUCCCCGCAGCCAUCGAAGCAGAGGCAACAACAACUCUGAGCUUUUUCAGAAUAUGGUCUGCUCGGUCCUCGAGUCCGAGUCCUACCUCUUCUCCAACGCUGAGCUCGACAUUCUUUCGGCGUACUUCAUGCUUUCCUAUCCUGCCCGCUACCUCUUCGUCCGGCUUCUCCAACGCAAAAAGGACACAUGGUACCGUCUCGAUCGCCUCGACUCUUACCGAGCCGAGGUGGGUGAUCUUGAGGCGGCGACCCGGGAGCUGGCUUGCAAGAUAGCCUCGCCGCCCUCCAAUGGCCCAAAAGUAGAGCCCGCCAGGCUCGAAGAGCAGACCCGCCGCGCAACGGCUCUGGAGGACGACAAGGAGAAUGCGACGCUCACAUUACCCUCUCUUCAGCGAGAGCUCAAGCUGGACGAGCAGACAGGUCUUCCGCUCACCCCGACGUAUCGACACAAAAAGCCGCUAGCACCGUCGGGCAGUUCGAAGCAGGCAUCACAGUCCAGCGCCAGUCUGAAACAGCCGGGCUCGGACGAUCCGCCUCUGGACCGCUUUGUCCUCACCGACCGAGAUAUGAAGGGCGGCAUUGCCGAAUCGCUCUCGCUCCUCAACAUGGACGAGCUCAAAGCCAUUGCCAAGAACAUGGGCGUCACCAAGCUCGGCACCACACGCGCGCAGAUCGUCGCCGCACUUUCGGCAACGCGGUCACAAUCCACGCUCACGAGGAGCCCGACGAAACAGAGCAGCCGCUCCACUCCAGCUUCCUCCAACGGCAGCUCGACGCAGCUCACGCUCAACUUUGGCGGCGCCAAGGCAGGGCCCGCGCAAGCAUCGCGGCUCAAGGACGAGCUGUCUGCCGCGCUGGGAGGCGGCUGCAUCCAGGUGCUUCCCGCGCUGCGUUCUCUCGUCGACCGCGUCGCGCUCGUGUACUACCGCGGCAACCUGCUCGGCAGUGCUGCGCUCACCACCGCCAUCCUCUCGCGCUCGCGCAUCCGCAACUACCCCGCCUACACGCACCGACGCACGGGCUUUCUCUUCCCCUCGCGCGACCAUCUGGUCGCCUUUGAGCGGGCGCUCGCCAUCGAGGCCGAGAUGGAGCACCUCAUGCAGUUCGGCAAGACUGAAGACGACUUUCGCGCCGCGCUCGCGCUGUUCGAGUCGGUGUGGGCCGAGUGGAAGUCCUGUGUGCAGGAGUGCAUCGCUGCGCAUCCCGAGGGCAUCGACAAGAUGGUGUACCACCGCAUGCGCUUCCAUCCGGGCUGGGUGCUCACCCGCGUCGUCUACAAGGGUGCCGUCCUGCGCGAGCGCGAGAAGGAGGUUCUGCACGCCCUGCUCGACCAGCGUGUUUUCCGCCGCGGACGUAGGGGCGACUGGUACGACCGCCUCGCGCUCAUCACCGCGCUGUACUCGGACGACCAGCGCAAGGGAAAGAAGGAGGCGCUCGCCAUCAGCGUACAGGGCAUGCAGGAUCCCGAUACGCAUCUGAUCUAUCACGAUACGCUGCAGAGACGCAUUGCAAGGCUCGAGUCGCAGCUCAGAGUGCCCCGCUCGGAGCAGCAUGACUUCUCGUACACCAAGCUCAAGAAGACCACCGAGGUCGUCUUCAAGGGAGUCAGGCUCGACGCCAUGGUCGAGACGGAUGAACACACCAAGGAGCCCAUCACGGCGCUCUCCAAGUUCCUCCGCAGUGGCAGCGUAGGUGCAUCGCCGCCAACGUCGCCCGACGAGCCACGGUCCAAGAGCCACACGCCACCACGUCCAAACUCACGCCCGAGUAGCCCGACCAAAGCCGCGUCUGGAUUUCAGAUCCGCAAGCCGCUCUUCAAGCGCGUCAAGAUCGAGUCGUUCGCCGAGCCCACCACCUCGUUCGAUGUCAAGCCCGCCGCUGCAUCCACCUCGGCCGUAAGCGACGCAGCAGACUCAGGCAGCCUCGAUACUUCCUCCGACUCGCUCGAGUUGGCGGUGAAGAAGGAGGACCUGGACGACAUCUCGUGGGACGACAUGGCCGCUGCGCCGGACGCUGCCACGGUAUCACUGCUAUCAGGCGGCGACUUUACGACCGUGGGCACGUCGACGCGGCGUUCGAUGCGGUCUGUCUGGCGCGGGCUGGACGGCCAGGCGUGCAAUGUGGAGCAGCUGUGUCUGCAGCACUAUGCGCGCGAGGGUUUCCGCGGCUUCCACUGCGAAGGCAAGCUGCUGACCAUGAUCGUCGUGCUGGUCAUGUGGGACGUCAUCUUCAUGGACGGUGUUGCGGGCUCGUUCGAGACGCCGUACCAAGCGGCGCCGCUGGAUCUGGGCUCGGACUCGUUCGGCGUCGUGCGUGGGGCCGAGAUCCGCACGCGGCUGGACUGCAUCGCGCGCACUGGCGGGCUGGAUCUGAUCGCACAGGCCGACGACCGCGAAAGACCAAAGAAGACCUGGGCAGUGGGGUGUAGGUGGGACCUGUUUAGCAGGGACGUCGUGUUGGAGGUCGCCGAGUGUCUGGGUGGACAUGCGAUCAGUACCGUGUGUCAGAUGCUCGUCGAGGAGUGGGAUCACUGCAGCGGCGGAAUGCCCGAUCUGGUGGUUUGGAGAAUGCAAGAUAGGACGGUUAGGUUUGUAGAGGUCAAGGGACCAGGUGAUAGACUCAGCGAGACGCAAAAGGUCUGGAUCGAUGUCCUGCUUCGUGCAGGCAUCGAUGUUCAGGUUGGAAUCGUCACUGAAGCCUAG